AUGAAGAGAUUCGAAUGUCGGUUCCACCAGAAGACGAAGGCGGAUUCCUCUCGACCAGCUGUUGAUUGGCUUUACUGGGAGAUUAAUGCUGACGCUGUUUUCGAGGUAAUCUCCUUCGAUUCCGGUGAGAAGGUGCUAAGCUUUCGUCCGUCAUAUGACGGACCUUUUCACCGGAAUCGAAGAAGAUUACCUCAGAAACAGUGUCAACAUGAAUCUUCCAGUAAAGCCAAUCGACAGCUGGUCGGGAGGAAUCCGCCAUCGUCUUCUGGUGGAACUGACCUUCGAAUCUCUUAA